GCUAAGGUUUAAGUGCAAAGGGGGAGCACAACCAUGGCCUCUACUUUACAACUGGCUGGACGUCUUGCUUUAGUUACCGGUAUGCUCACAUUUGAUUUCAUUUUCAUGUUGACGUAAAAUAAAAUCGUCUGCAAUGUUUUAUUCAAAAGCAACUAUGAAUGAAUGUUAAAUUUUACUCUAAAUCUAACGCCCAUCAAUUAAAACUAAAUACAUUAAAAUCAUUAAAAACAAUUCAAACAUGAACUUUGAACCAUGUACCGGUAUCAGUAUCGGUUCUUAUAUAUAUAAGUAUAACUUUAUAACUAAACUAAAAGUUAAUAUUAAAAUUAAGAAUGAGAAGCGCUGCUCUUCUGUUAACCAAGUUUAAGCCUAAACAACAUAAAAUUUCUUUGCACUGACCACAUAGCUUGAAAAUGAAAAAGAAACAAAAAUUAAUCCAACAUCAAUCACAUAAUCAUAAACAUAAACUGUCAAGACUUAAAUUAAUGCUAAAACUAAAAUACUUUUAUUAAGUUUAAGUUAACUUACUUUACUUACUUUUUUUAACUUGAUACACAUUAGUAGUUUAGUUAUUUUAAUAAUUUUUAAAUUGAGAUGAUUUUUUACCUAAUGACUGCAUCACAAUUUGAAUAGGCCUAUCACCUUAUUUACUAACAAUAAUAUUAUAUUUAUAUACUGUAUACAAAGUGUAAGAAGGCCAAGUGCAAAAUUGAGCCUAGUAGCUAUGCAGCAGGAUCCCCUCCAAACCCCCCCCCCCAAUCCCUUUUCCCUCUAGAAUUCUUCUUCUUCUAUAUAUUAAGGGCCCACGAUCAAUUUAUUGAUCAUUUUGGCUCCUAUGCAUGUAGAGGGUACCGCAUAUUUGCAAUGUUUUUGUGCCUGGUGUUGAUGAGGAUAUUUCACUGAUUGCAAGUGCUGCUUUGUGAGGGAAUCAUGCAGUGGGGUUGGAAGGAUUGAGGCAAUAGACGCAAAUGUGUCUAGUGUUGUCGCCUCAACUGUUCCUUUUGAAAGCUUGUUUCAGUCCCUGAUUGUCUGGGGCAGGAAUGAGCAGUUCCUAUACCGGUACUGGCUUCUUGCUGGUAUGAGCCGGAAUUGCCUGUUAUGGCCUCGUUGCUGUCUAUGGAGUAGAGGGACAAGUUUCUGUUAAUACUGGAACAGUGGACCAGCCCAUUAUUUAUCUUGUACAUUAUGGAGAGCCUGGAUAGCAGUCGUCGUUCCUCAAAUGGUGACCAGCCUAGUGUUUCCAGCAUGCUGCCAACACUAGAGGUAUUCUGGUAGCGGUUCAGGGCAAAGCGUGCUGCCCGUCGCUUGACUGCCUCCAACCUGUCAAUGGUCUUUUGGGUAAAUGGGUCCCAGACUGAAGAUGCAUAACCUAAAACCUUGCUGACAUGUUUGUACACUAAGUAAAAAAUUUGGUUAGUUGGUAGUAGGUUUUUAUAGAGAUGCAUGAAUAUGAGCAUAAAAAUGACAUUUGAAAAACAUUUUACUGAUAAAAAAGUAUGUUUAGCAUAAUGAGUAAGAAAAAUUUAGAAUUAAAAGGUACUGGUAUUGUAAAAAAUUCUACCUGUGCAAAAAGGAAGUGUUUUUUUAAAUUAAAUUGUACAUACCGGUAUUCAUUUUCAGCACAUAAUUAAAAGGUACUGGUAUUGUAAAAAAUUCUACCUGUGCAAAAAGGAAGUGUUUUUUUAAAUUAAAUUGUACAUACCGGUAUUCAUUUUCAGCACAUAAAUAAAUACCAAGACAAAAUUUUUAAUUAAAAUAAUCUAAACACAAGACAUCUAAAGUAUUUCUCUAGCGUAAAAAUCAGCCAUCAUAUACCAAAAAAACUUUCAAAAUCCAACCAAGUGGGGGACGGCCUUCACAGUUCUAAAAUGAAUUAAAAGAAUUCUAAUAUCUAUUUUAUAAUUGGUGCAAAAGAUAAGGAUUGUCACAAAUGACUGGGGCAUGGGUACAGGACAGAGCUCCAUUGCUGUUAAGGUAACUUAAAAGAUGGACUGAAAUUCCUGUUAUUUUAGGGAGGGCAUUGUUAAGGGGGUGAGGUUAAGGCUAAUAAAUUCUCAAAUCUUGAGAUAGAGGGGAUUGUUUUUUUCUAUAAUAUUAUGUUUCGGGCCUUCCAAACAUCCCAUGAUAAUUUUGGGCUUAACAAUGGGAAAUUCUAAUGGACCGGAAAUUUGGGGGCAGGGAUGUGUUAAUAGAUAGCAUUCCUGGGCCACCUAUGAAGGUGGAAAAUGGUAUAUGUCAUAGAUCAAAUAUUGAGAUAAUAAUUUGUUUCAAAUAAUGUAUUGUUUUUUUGUAAGUUAGGAUGAACAGGAAGUUAAUUAGAGAAUAUAGGUCAUACGCAGAAGUUAACAGGGGAAGUGUCAUGGACUUGAGAUUGAGUUUGGAUAGACGAUAGGCGCUCGCCAUACAUCUCAUAGCAUCGUGUUACUUAUUCUAUAGAUCUGUGUUAAAUUUAUAGGUCAAGUGAUAAGACAAUAUCCAUUAUGUUUCCUCCAAUUUAGGAGAUGUGUUUUAUACAGUACGAAGUGUAAUUUCUAUCAAAUAAAUUUAUGUGAUGCGAAACUCAUGAAGUUCUAGCCUCUUGCUUAUAAAUAAUCAUGGAUGUAUGUGAAUAUGGAUAACCAAAUACUACAACUACAACAUAAUACUACAGCAAUAAUUAUAAAAACAUUAUUACGCAACUGUUACAGUAUAUAAGUUAAUAUAAGACAUUGAGUAGGGAGAGAAAUGAGCUGAGAGAUAGUUUAAAGAGAGAGAAAAGAGCUGAGAGCAGUUGAUAGGAAAUAGUUGCAAGAGAUUAGGAGAUGAGUUGACUUGUGGAAUGUAGAAUAAGAAUAGAUGAGACGAUAUAGUUGAACAGUUGAAAUACAUAUAGAUAGUUGCAACAGAAUUUUUGUAUUAUCUUAGUAAUAAACAUAUUGUUUUCAUCAUCUGGACACCUGGCGUUGGAGUUGUUUAGUUUUCAUUCAAGUCUACGUUUUGCUUUUGUCUGUCCCAAUGCCUAGACACCCACAAUAUAAAUCACAGAGAGGAGCGGUCCUGUACUGACCGCUACUACAUCAAUACAGUUUGUGAUAAGUCAGGACCGGAGCCCUCCUCUGUAACAACCCUUCUGUGACAAGGAUGAUAUGACUAUUUUAAUGGAGUUUAAAUAAUUUGGAUAAUUUAAACAGGUGGUGGAAGUGGAAUCGGUAGAGCUGUUUGCACUAUUCUUGCAAGAGAAGGUGCAAAGGUGGCUGUUGUUGACAUAAAAAAGUCCAGUGCACAAGAAACGGUAUUAUCUCUUUCACAAUGUAAGUUCUCUUUGCCUGAAAUUACAUAGUUACAAACUUGUAGUAAUGGUUAUUAUAAAUUAUAAGAGAGGGGUAGUUGGAAAUAGUGUCAUUUGCAUACUAAAAUUCAUGUGGUUGUCAAAGACUAAUGUAAGCUUUUUAAAAUUAAGUUUUUCUUUAUUGUUAGGGCCACCCUUAAUAUAUAUUUACAUAUAUCAAUCCUCCUAGCUAAUUUGAAUAUGAAUUAUAAUUUUGUUUUUUUUCAGGGGUCCUUAUUAAAAUCUAUUCAUAUUUUGAAAACUAGGGUAAUAACUUCAAAUAACUAAUGAGAGACAAUAGGGAACAAAUUAAGCUACAUUGUUGCCCAUUCAAGAUAUUAAUCGAGCAUAUAUGUUCCUUAGUUUUUAAAUUUCCCCCUCUGAUAUGAAUUUACCUGUUUCUGUUACCUGUGCAUCUCUUGAAAAAACACUUAAUAAUAUGACCUGUUGUUAUGUAACUAAAACACUUAAACAAAACAUCAGCAUCUCCUAAUUGUUUAUUGUUUGUAAAUCUUCUGGGCCAACCAUGCAGCAUCUCAACAUGAAUCAUUUGAAACUAAUGUGUCUUCAUCGUCAGAGGUGACAAAACUUUUACAACAAGUAGAAGAAAAAUUUAAGACUGCUCCUUCAAUAGCCAUCCAUGCAGCUGGCAUCACCAAAGAUAACUUUCUUCUGAAGCUGGAUGAACAAAGCUUUGAUGAUGUCAUUAAUGUUAACCUGAAAGUAAGUCCAAGCUACUGAGCUGGUAAUUAUAAGACAUUCAUGAGUUAUUUCCUCUUUAGACCAUCAAUAAAAAAAAUGUUACAUCAAUAUCUAUAUCUACUAAUUAUUCAUUCAUUCAAAUAAGUACCUCUUUAACUAAUAUCUCAUUUUAAAAUAAUGUUUCUUAUUAUAAUUAUAGGGAACAUUCCUAAUAAAUCAAGCUGUAGGUAGAGCCAUGCAGAAAGCUAGGAUUGAAAACGGGUCGAUUGUGAAUAUUUCAAGUAUUGUUGGAAAGGUAGGCUAAAGAAUAUUUUGAACUGUUGAGCAAAAUGGCCUUGUUUAAAUAUUACAGCACUUACCGAUUGCGCUACUGAGUUUUUUAAAUUUUCAAUUCCCUUUUAUAAUGAUUUUUAGACAAAUUCAGAUGAGACUUUUUGUGAAAGUUAUGCAUUUAAAUUCUGACAAAAAGGGCUUGUUUAAUACUAAAUAUGUCAUGGGUUUUCAGAUGUGUUCAAAAGGUGUAAGAACAAAGGAUUAAGUUUUUACUAAAUAUGUUCUAGAAAAAUGUCAUCUUAUUUAGUUUUACUUGCUUCUUUUAUUUUUAUCAUUAGGAGCAUUUUCACAGCCUAACUAUUGCAUUCACUCUUUAUAUACCGGUACAGGUAUUCUAUUCUCUAGAGAUAAUGGAUAGACAAGCCAUCACAGACAUCAACUAUAAUUGAGCCUAGUGAUUAGCUAGUACUAGUAACUAGUAAAAUUAUACUUGAAGUUGAAGCUCUAUGUGAGCUUUUCAGACUAGUAGAUAUAUACAAUUCUAAUAAAGAAAAGUGAAAAGUAAGAUAUCAAAUAACUUACCGUACUUGUUUUCCUCCAUUUACAGAAUGGCAAUGUUGGCCAAGCAAAUUAUGCAGCAUCUAAAGCAGGAGUGAUAGGACUCACAAAAACUGCUGCAAAGGAACUUUCUAGGUAAAGAUUAAGAGUAUAAAUUUGUUUCCAUUUAUAUACUCAUUUGCUGUUUGUCACGUUUUGAAUAUUUUUGUAAUUAGAUCAAUUUAAAGAAUUUUAUUCAAAUUCAAGACAAAACAUUUAUGUCUUCCUUUUUUUUCUCUAGUUUUCAAUACCAUCACGAUAGAUUCUAAAGCCAAUGACCAUAGAUUCUACAAAAUAUAACUUUCCAAGCGCCCAACAGAACUUCUAAAAGUUCUUAAGACGUUUAACUACGUUUGCUUUACUCAACACAGCAAAGUGUACAUAUUCUAUUUUAGACAUCCAGUUAAAAUCUAUUCACGAUAUUUCUCACCUACACAACAGGUACAACAUACGAGUGAAUGCUGUCCUGCCUGGAUUCAUCAUCACCCCAAUGACUGAGACAGUUCCUGAUCAUGUGAUGCAGAUGAUCAAAGCAAUGAUUCCUUUACAGAGAUUUGGUCAACCAGAAGGUUUGUUUUAAAUUUUAAUGUAAUUUUUAUCUUAAUAGUUUACCUCACCCAUAAAAAAAAAUAGUUUAUUUCAAUUUGAUUUCAUCAAACUAUAUUUUAAUUUUUGAUUUACUUCAGACUACUGUGAUAAUUAUAUUUUUUUUUAAAACAGACAUAACGAAUUGGCUUGCUAUUUUAAUUUGGCAAAGUGUUAUUAUAGUUAUACCGGUAGUAGAUAAUUAUAGUUAAUAGUAGAUAAAAAAGACAUCUAUUCCUUCUAAAUAUUCACUUCAUUUAUCAAUUAUAAUGGAUUUUAGUGUUAGUCUGUUCCAUGAUGUUAUUCUAAUCAAUAGAAUAGAACUAAAAAUGAUAAAUAAUAAUCUAAUCUAUCAAUAGAACUAAAAAUAAUAAAUAAUAACUAUGGGUUCCCUCAGAGGUGGCAGAGGUAUGUGCCUUCCUUGCCUCUCCACGUAGCAGCUACAUAACAGGUCAAGCCAUCGAGGUCACAGGUUUGUAGCAGUUAAUUUUUGAAUGAUAAAUAAGUUUAUUACAUGUAGCUUAUCUAAAGAUUUCAUAUUAUUUUAAGCCUUGAUUGAUACACAAGCAGUGUUGUUGACACAAUGUACAUGAGGCUAUUUACAUGUAAAAAGUGUUGUUAAUUAUUAUAAAUCUUGAGAUCUUUUUUUACAAAUAGUAAAAAGAUCAUUAAAAAGUUAUCAAAAGUUAUCCACUGGUACUUUUUUUUUUUCAGGUGGGCUAAAUUUUUAGAAGCAGCUUCAAUCGUUAAAUUUCACCAAGUGCAAAAAUUGAUUUUCUUAUAUAUGUUAUAUUUAUUUUAAAUAUUAUAAUUAUAAUGGAUAAUUUAAAACUAAUAAUUAUGGCUGUUUUUCAAGCUCAUGGAUUUAUAUAAAUAUUUCCAGGUCUUACAUUUUCCCAUAAGCUUUGUGUGUAAUUUUCAUAAUUAAUAUAUAUACCAUUGCACCUUUUUUCUGAAAAAAAAAACUGGAUGAGGUUUUCUCAGUACCGUACUACUGAUUCAGUGAAACUUUCCUGUACCGGUACUGUAAAACGAAAAAAAUCAUUUUUGCAAGUAGUUUUAAUGCUGGGUUAUUUAAAAUUCUCUUGUGGUUAAAGAGGUCAGUUUAGACUAGUUUUGUAAUUAUGUUGUAUAAAAAUUAUUUUUUCCAGGUAAUUUAAAAAUAAAACAUAUUCAUGUGCAAAUGAAAAUAUGAAUUUUAAGGAGCCAUUCUAUAGCCAUAUUAUAUCAGAAAUUUUGUUAUACCAAGAAUAGUGAUGUUUCAUUGUAUAUAGCUCAUAUUAUUUAUAAUUCUAUACACUCGGUAGUUAUUGAAAUUUCAUCUGUGCCUGUUGAUAAUUGUCUUUUUAAAUGUCUUUAUCACUGUAUACAGCUGCAAUAUUUUUUGUUUUUACAAAUAAAAUGUGUUGUUAUAUUUUCCCUUUGUUUUGCAAUUUCUUGAACUUGAAUCAAGAUAUAUUCUAUUUCAAAUUUGUAACUGACUUGCAAGAGAAAUGAUUUUUAAUGUAUUUUCAAAAUAUUUUAAAAUCAAGAAAGAAAUCAUUUAAAAAAAACACUUCUGUGAUAAUAUUAUUUGUUUUAAGCUUGUUGUUUGAAACUUAAAUGUUAAAAAAUGUAAAAUUAUCAUAUAAGUAUUUCAAAAAAGUUAUAAUACAAAUUUAUAACACUACAAUUACAAUAUGAUUUGAUACUUGUUGCCAGAAUCAAUAGUUAUCCUUAAUUAUGCAAGAUGAUGUGAAAAAGAUUAUUCUAGCCUUACAUUUGUAAUUAUUCAAAUUCAAUAGUCUUAUUUUCAAUAGGUCUUCUAAAAAUUUGAUUUUUAAAGAAAUAUUUAGUUUGCAAAUCUUUGAUAUUAGAAGCAUAGAUAUAGAAUAGUGCCGUUGUGAUGCUAUUGCCAAAUAUUCUAUGACUAUUUUGAAAAUCACUUCAUAAAAGCUAACCAUAUAUAAUCAUCACGUUUUCAAAUUGCACCUUAUCAAUUUAGUCUGGUUGCCCUAUUUUUAAAAACAAUUUUUUAUUCUUAUUAUUAAGUGAUCUUAUAAAACAUAACACAUCACGAAUUAAAGUGUAAAAAAAUAAUUUAAAAUAUUUUACAUUGUCAGAACAUUGUCCUCUUUCUCUUAUGGACUUUAUUUUAAGCAUCAUUCCUAGUUAUAACAUACACAGGUGAUUGAUGACAAGUUAUAUUUGAUUGUUGAAAAAAAAUUUUUAAGUUUUAAGGCAAAUAAAAAUGCAACAUAUUUUUUAUGGCAAUGAUAACAUGUGUUUGUUUAGUUUUAUUUGUUUUUUUUAUGAUACAAUAUUUAAAA